UUAUCAAAAAGACAUUCAUAUCCUUUAAAUCUCUCUCUCACACACACAUGAACGAUAUGCCUGUUUGAACUUUAUCCUUGGAAGAUGUCUCGUGAAUUGUGACUCGUAACUCAUUAGUAGUGAAGUGAAGAAGAAGGAAUAAUUAUGGUUGUCGUCUGGUUGCUAUGCUGCUUGUAUCGCGCUCAACUGCUCUCCAUCAUAUUCUGCCCAAACUGCUUAGAUCGAAGGUUGCUGCAUGCACAAGGCGAGAUUCAAACCCCCGACACUUGUUUAAGCAGACGAGCCGUUGCUUCAGCCUCCUCCACUGAUGUAGUUGGGUUUGGAGCACUCCAAGUGGCUUGCUCGAACCAAGAGACCCGCAUCGUCCCUAAUCACAACUCCAACGCGUCUGUAAUCUCCAUUGCUUCAAGAGGCGUCAACACUCACCAUUUACCUUGUAGACGUGCGGUGGUGGUGCGACCCAGGCAGCGGUGCUCGUGCUUCCCGACGGUGGUCGACGGACGCUGGAGGCGGCCUCUCGUGAGCGAAAUUAUACCAUGUAAAUAUUUAUCGCCGACACAAGGCUAA